AUGGGCGAUUAUGAGGUGAUCAUUUUCACUGGCAAUGUCUCCAAUGCCUCCACUUUUAACAAGAUCUACAUUAAGCUAGUCGGCACAGAUGGAGAGAGUGAACGCACACACCUGUGGAGCUGUGUGCCAUCUUUCUACAGGGGAGCAGUGUCACAUUUUAUUGUGUCCUGCCGAAAAUCCCUUGGACAUCUAGCACUGAUAGAGCUAGAAAAAGAGAAUCAGACGCUUGUCCCAAACAUGGCUUGGUAUCCUGCUAAGGUGGAUGUGACGUCCCCUGAGGGAGGCAAAUACAGCUUUCCUGUCUACCGCUGGAUCACUAACAGCAAGCCGCACUACUUCAGAGAGGGAGCAGCUCUCACAGCAAUUGAAGACAAGCACAGACUUCUUAGCCCGUACAGUCGGGAACAGGAGCUUCUGGAAAGACGGAAAAUCUACAGCUGGGACAAGCAGGGCAUCUCCCACCUGAAGGCAGACAGUGUUUUAUCACUCCCCUAUGACAUCCGCUUCUCUUUGACUAAGACUGUGGAGAUGGUCUACAUUGGGGCCACAGGGUGA